GACGGGCUGAACUGCUCCGGACAAGUAGUUUGUGAGUGGAACAUGAUCGCGGAGGCAAUUUAGUGUAGUCCUAGGAGAUGCCAAAGCAGCGUGGCUUUGUCAAUGCUUGUCGCUCUGUGAGCAGUGUGAAUUUCUCACCGCAUAUGGCACUUUCAGUCUUUGCAUUUCCGAUAAAUUUCGAGCGUCAACAAUGGUCAAUGUUCAAGCAGCAAGCGAGAACAAGUCAAUAAUGUUUGCUCGAACAAGGUGAUAAUAUAAUUGCAGGAGUAGUUGUUGUUCUGGUUGUUGGACUUCUGCACUGUGGUGGCUGAGUAACACAGCCUGUAAUGCCGUGGCUUGUUGAGUGCGUCCCUUCCUGCUGAAGCUCGAGUUCCAGGCUGGUCCAAUUGUCAAGUACUCUCCACUCAGUGUCGGCUGAGAGCAGAGACAAGCUUGCAAUAAAUUCGGAGAUCUCCAGUGGCGAGUGUAAGCUGUGAGGUAGACUGGCAAAACGAAACUGGAUGCCCAGGAGAUUGCGGAGCGGUUUCGACCGCUGCUGUCGUUUGUCGAUGAAGACAAUGUCCUGCCAUUGCUCGUGCACUGGAUACAAGAUGCGUGCGGGUUACUGUCGAACGUGUCUGGCUCUCACCCCGAUCAUUCCGCACAAGUGUCGGCGGAUCGCCUACUCGAACGCAUCAAAGACAUCUCCAGCGUUGCUGCCAGUACGCGUCACACGCGACCAGCCGCCGAGGAAGGCCUACCACACUACUCCACGCCUCGCAAGCUCUCGGCACCGCAGUCAUCGCCGGCAUUCACGUACACAACCGGCUCCCUGAGCUCCGCCACGCCGCGUAUGAGCGACAGGGAACAGAGAGAUGCGGACGAACAGCAGGGUCAGCCAGCGACACAAUGUAUCGGUAAGCUCAUCCAGCGCUUUGAUGCUGGUCAGUCAUCGGCCAACGCCACUGCGGCAGCGUCUAAGAAGCCUCUGGCGCGACUACCGGAGCUACGGUCGCGUGCACUGACGUCACCGUCUCAAUUCCGCCCUCGCCCAAAGCCGUCGGACACGUCAGCUGCGAUCACACCGGAUCACGCUCCAACGUUCUGCGACUCGCACAAGCACGCUCCAACCUCGCCAGCGUCAGUGUUUGGAGCACCAGGCGAUGACGCUAUCUUGGGCAUGGCGUCAUCGCACAUGCAAGCAGCAGGUGAUGUCACCACCAUGGGUAUGACGUCACAGACACAAGCAGGCGCUGUCACCACCAUGGAUAUUACGUCAUCGCACAUGCAAGUAGCAGCGGUGGCUGCAGCUACGGAGGCUGGUAAUCUACCAAGCGGAACAGCACGUCGCAACGCCGUCCAGUGGCGAUCAAAGUCACCACCGACCGAUGCAUCACCACCAGCUGCAUCACCACCGGCUAAGCUAAGCGUACUGACACGUCAGGAAAGCGAUGCUGCUGGCACCACUGACGAAUCGCUUAUGCAGUCACCACCAACCGACGCGAAAGCUAAGCGAAGCAUGCUGCCGAGUCAGGAAAGCUUUGCUGCUGGCACGACCGACGAAGCCCCUACGCAGUCACCACCACCGACCAAUGCCGCAGCUAAGCCAAGCAUACCCGCGCGUCCGGACUGCUAUGCUGGCUCCACUGACAAGUCGCUGUCGUCAGCGACCGACCUGUCAGCGAAGCCAAUCGUUCCGGCGCGUCCAGACAGCUUUGCUGGCAUCACUGGAAGUAGGCCGCAUAUCCAGGAGAGGAGAAAACGCACUAGCAACGGGCCGCCACGCGUCCUGCACUCCUAUGUGAACGUAUGCACAUCAUCAUCGCGAAGCAGUGUGCCAGUUCAGUCGACUAGCACACCUCGUAAUAACUACACUACAGUGGCACUGUCUAAGCGUGCCAGUUCGCUGGCUGCCAGCGCAGUGCAGCCCACGCUGUCUCUAAGAGCAGACGCGAGCGAAACACUACAGCAACGGACGGAUGAGAGUAGACCGCAGCCCACGCCAUCGGCAAGAACACACGAUGCGAGCGGAGUGCAGCCUACAUCAUCGCCAGCAGUAGCAGCAGCAGAAUGUAGCAGCAGAGUUCCGCCACAGGGGGAAGAAAUGAUAUCAGUCACCACUGGCGAUGAUGCCACAGCGGCAGCAGCAGCACCACCACCAGGGUCGCCAUUGGCAACAACAGCACCGCUGUCGCCGUUGACGCCGAAGUCCCCAUCGUCUGGAUGGCGUUCUCUGAACUUUUCGCUGGGCAAGCCAGGUUCAUGUCCGAUAUCUGAUUCUGUUACUACAUACAGUAUGCAGUCAGGUGACCAGCACCACCAGCAGCAGCAUCACCAGCAGCAGCAGCAACAACAACUGCAGAAAUCGCUACCAAAGUCGCCAACAUCACCACGCAAUCUGUAUGAGACUACAGUCCCCGCGUUCAGACAGCACCGCAUUAUGUCAACCACGAGCUGCGGCAGUACGUCCCCGACGCCGACCUCAACCAGUGGCGGCGUUGCCACCACAAAGCCGCCAGUUCCACCGCGCUCGCCGCAACACAACGCCACGCCUCCCACUCCGGCGACUCUAACAUCGGACGCUGCUGCUACUACUGACGAUGACUCCGAGCUGCCACAGUUGGUGUCGCUAGACAAGCUGACAAACGCCACCAGUGCUCAGGCAUCGCUGGCACAGUUAUGGCCGAACAGCGGCAGGCGACAGCGUGGCAAUAGGCGGCGUAACAGUAGCGACACAUGCGCCCAUUCUGUUUCCCCUGGUGGUCGGGAUGCUGGUGAUUUACGACCGGCUUCUCCCCGCUCUAAGGGCAGCGCCAGUGGUCCUAGCAGCACUGGUAGCAACCCCGACAACAAUCCCCCGCAGCACGCCCUUUUGAAGAGCAGACACAGUGCCUCGAUGCCGCAGAUCAUGCUGGCAUCACCGCCGACAACCCGUUGUCCUAGCUUUGGCACGGUCAGCACAGUUGGCACGGUCGGCACAGUUGGCACGGUCGGCACAGUUGGCAUGGCUCAGCAGCCCGCUAGAAUCAGCCAAACUCAGGACGCGGCGCCGUUCAAGCCCAAUUUGUCUGCUCACACAAUUACCGAAACCACCGCCGACAACACCACGGAAUCAACAUCAGCAUCAGCGUCAGCAUUCACCGACCACUUAGAGCCACAGCAGCAGCAGCAGCAGCAGCUGUAUAGUGACGAUGACGUAGACAAUGAUAAUGAUGAUGGUGUCAGUGGUAGUGAUAGUGGUGGUGUUGGACCGAAACAGGUCGACUCUGAGAGCUCCCUACUCUCCACGAUGUCCGGGGAUGCGGAGUGCGAAGGCGGUAAUUGGAUAUCCGAGGCCACUCGUUUAUCUCUCACUCGGAUCCUAGACGAAGUGGUCCUGGGCCAGCAGUCGCUGGUACAGAAAAAACGAGUAAAUCCGUCGCCUCCGCCACCAAAGUCCAAGCCUUCGUUCAUGAAGAGGGCGUUCACCCUGGAGGCUUCCCUAGAAUCCAAGUUGUCUCAGCUGCGGCAAACGUCGUGUGGCAGACUAUUGGACAGAGCCACGAGUGCGGACAGUGGCAUGGUGCUCUCCUCAGUUGUGGGACCCGAUGCGUUGAGCGCGUUGCCCCGUGAUUCGGUGUCAACUACAGCGCCCGGCUCGCCCACGCCAUUCCAGCGCAUGCAACAGCAGCUGCCAAAGAGACGCAGGCCGUCUCCUCUCGACCUGGAGCGCAGAAACACAACCUCGAGGUCCUCCACCAAGGACUCUAGCUUAUCGUCCAGCAAAACAGCCAGCAAAACGUCCAACAAGGAAGCGAUCAAACCUGCCAGAAAGGAGAGCAGAAAGAACGCCAACAAGGAACCAAAAAGAACCUCCAGCAAAGAGGCCAUCAAGACGUUUGCCAAGUCAGUGAGUAAGGCCACUAGCAAAGACGCCCUCAAGGCCACUAGCAAAGACGCCCUCAAGACUCUCAGCGAAGACGCCCUCAAGACUCUCAGCGAAGACGCCAGCAAAGAUGUCAGCAAAGACGCCAGCAAAGAUGUCAGCAAGGAUGUCAGCAAAGACGUCAGCAAAGACGCCAGCAAAGAUGUCAGCAAAGACGCCAGCAAAGAUGUCAGCAAAGACGCCAGCAAAGAUGUCAGCAAAGAUGUCAGCAAAGAUGUCAGCAAGACCAUGACUAAAGAGGAAAGCAAAGCCACAAACAAAGCCACCAACAAAGCCACCAACAUUGAAUCUAACCAAGCCAACUUGAAGGACUUGAGCAAAACAGCUAGCAAAGAUGCCAGCACGGACAUGGACAAAGAGGAAAGCACAACCGACUUCAAGGACUACGGCAGAACGUCUCCCCGUGUCAGCGUCAGGUGCAGCAAGAGCAGAAACAGCAGCCCGGCCGUGGGCACUGGUCAGAGGGGUAGCGUGGCCGAUGCUGUCAUAGGUUCGCUCAAGAACCGCACACAGUCGUGCUCGAUCUCGCGUUCCGCGAGGGUCUCGCACGCAGGGCGUCCACAUCUGCGCUCCGCCGCUGACAAGAGCAAUAAGCUGCCGGGGCUGGGCACGGCAACCGCACAGCCGUCGUCCAGUUUACCACAGCCCACCCUCAUGGGUGCCGAUGAUCUGCUGGCUGACGAGGCGGUGUAUGAAGCAUGCACAACGCCGGCUCUGCUCAGCACCAGCACGGACAAUCUCUUCGACGUCGGCAAUCCGCUGGCUGCCGCCAGUGGCCCCACCGGUAGUGUACCGCUAGCACUAUCCACACACUCUGCAGACGUGGCACUGGGUAGCUAUGAUCACUAUCAGCUUGCCCCUGAUCUAAUGAUCGGUAUGAACAACAGUGGUGGGAGUGGUGGCAGUGGUAGUAGCACCAGUGCUAGCACUAGCACUAGCACUGGUGCUACUGGUGUAAUGGGUGUUGCCGCCACUAGAAGCACUGAACCACAUAAUCUGCAUGUGCAUAGCAGCGGUGGUGGUGAUGACUCCAGUGAAUAUUACCAUCACAUCAACAUUGCCAGUCCCACAAUGUCCAAUGACUUGUCGCCCCCAAGUAACCAUCCACUCAGCCCCAUGUCACCCGUUAAACACCUCACUGCCGCCGAUCAUUCCCUGCUGCUACCGGCGACGGCGUCGUCAUCGGUGACGAACUCUGCCGUGUACGAGGACUGCUCGUCGAUGCUGAACAGCACGCUGCGUGCUCCGUCAUCGUCACUCACUGGCUCUACCAAUGGCAACACAGCCGACGGUACGCUGGUCUUGCAAACCGACGACAGCAACAGUACAUAUGAAUAUUGUAAGCCACUGGUCACUGACCCCCUUGCCAGCGAACACAUCAGCCGAUCUAGCACAGAGGGCUCGCUGACAGCAACCACUGCACCACUAUCGUCGAUGGCCAGCACCAACAACAGCAACAACCACAACAGCGGUGUCGCUGGCAGUAGCAAACCACCCUCGGCGCCUUUCCUAGCGCACAACAGCAUGUCCUCGCAACCGCCCCACUUGACUGGCUCAGUAGUGCCCAGCUUCCUGCUCAAGCAGUCGCGCCAGUCCAGUGAAGAGCAGGAAUAUGACACGCUUAGUCACAAGUCAGCACCGGACUUUGCAGCAUGCGCUGGUAGCAGUGGCGGCAGUCCUGGCAGUGCCGUUAAUCUCUACGACCAUCGGCGCGCCUCGCAGCCACCGCUGGGCGACUCGCUCGAGGACGAGUACGUGGACAUGAAGACGGCACUCUCCUCCGACAGUCUACUCCGGGACACGGCCGUGGCGAUGGCGGGCCCCGGUGGACGGCUUGGUAUCGGUGUCGGCAGCUCGCGGAACCCCGGCUACUCGUCCAUCCGCCCCAGCUUCUCCACGCCACUACAGACGUCCAGUGGGCAGCCGUUACACGGACCUGCAGCGACGUCCGCCGUCUCUUCCUACUCACUAACCGCCGCCGCCCCUCAGGUACUGGCCGGCGGUGCCGAGGAAGACGAGGACAUUUACGCGGCCAUGAGCUGCUCAGUCCUGGACACGCACACACCACUGACUAGCCGGCACCCGUCCGUUACACGGGAAGGUUCGCAGCAAGACUUGACCACCGUCUCAUCGGCGGCCGUGACGGACGAGGAAGCGCACUCCGCUCCGCCACCGUCCACCCAAGUCGGUGACGGCGAGAACCUGAUAUACGAGGACAUGGCGUCGCAGACAUUCCGUCGCAAGUCGCAACGCAGGAACAGCAAGCGGCGAUGCGUGGGUCCAUCGCUCUCCGAGGAGACUAUGCGUGAGGCCAACGCCGGGGCGUCCAUCUACAACUUCAGCAGCCUGAUGGUAGGUACGCUGCAGAAGAGAGCGACCACCAAGAAGUGGCAGACGCGCUUCUGCACGCUGGAGACGUACCGCUUCCUAUACAGCUCCAAACCCAACGCCAAGGUCACCGAGCAGAAUAUCAUCGCGCUCUUCGGAUACCAACUGGAGCACACGAUCGAGGUGCACCCGUACGCCUUCACCCUGGUUCAUCCGACCAAACGCAGCUUCACGUUCAGGGCCUCAGACUACGAUGACCUGUGCCACUGGUGUGCCGUGUUCAAACAGGUACUGGAUGCGUGCGAGAAGUUUGCACACUGGACCAGCACUCCGUACGCGCCAGAUCCCGGUAGAUCGCUGAGCGGUUAUGGCUCAGACGCGGAGUUGUGA